CCGGCGGCCAGCCCGUCCCCGGCCCGCAUCGAGCUCUCGGCAUCGGCCCCCGGGGGGCGGUGGCAGCAGCAGCGGCAGCGACGACGACGACGACGACGACGACGACGAGCGGGGCCCGGGCGCAGCCCGCGAGAUGAGCAGCCCCGAUGCGGGCUACGCCAGCAGCGAGGACCAGGCGCAGGGGCGGUGCUCGCUGCCCAUCAUGAUGCCGGCCGUGGGCCCCUGCCCGUGGGCAGAGGCGCUGAGCCCGCUGGGCGAAGCGAAGGCGAAGAGCGAGGCGGCGCCGUCGGGGCCGUCGGGCGGGCGGAGCAAAAGCGAGGCGCGGAUCCGGCGGCCCAUGAACGCCUUCAUGGUGUGGGCCAAGGACGAGCGCAAGCGGCUGGCGCAGCAGAACCCGGACCUGCACAACGCCGAGCUCAGCAAGAUGCUGGGUAAAUCGUGGAAGGCGCUGUCGCUGGCGGAGAAGCGGCCGUUCGUGGAGGAGGCGGAGCGGCUGCGGGUGCAGCACAUGCAGGACCACCCCAACUACAAGUACCGGCCGCGGCGGCGGAAGCAGGUGAAGCGCCUGAAGCGGGUGGAGAGCGGCUUCCUGCAGCACGGCUUGGCGGAGGCGGCGGCGGCGGCGGCGGCGGCCGGGCCGGGCAGCGAGGGCGGCGGCGGCGGCAGGAUGUGCGCCGAGAGCCUGGGGCUGCCCUACGGCGAGCAGGGCUACGCGGCGGGGCCGGGCGGCGGCCACUACCGGGACUGCCCGCCGCUGGGCGCCGCCUUCGACGGCUACGGGUUGCCGACGCCGGACCCGUCGCCGCUGGACGCGGCGGACAGCGAGGCGCCCUUCUUUGCGGCGGGGCUGCCGGAGGAGGGCGGCCCGGGGCCCUACGGCAGCUACGGCCCGCAGGCGGCCGGCGAAUACCCGGCGGCGGCGGCCGGGGAGAGCCCGUCGGGGGCCGCGCUGCGGCGGCACCUGGCCGCCGGCGAGCCGCUGGGGCCGGCCGGCUCGCUGCAGGGGCUGCUGGGCUGCCCGGCGCCGCUGCACGCCUACUACGGGCAGAUGUGCCAGCCGCCGGGCCCGGGCCGCGGGCCCCCGCCCGUGCUGCCCCCGGUGCUGCCCCCGGUGCUGCCGCUGCCGUCGGGGGGGCAGCCGUCGCCCCCGCCCGAGGCGGCGCCGUGCCGGGAGGCGCUGGAGCACUUGCCGCAGGACGAGCUGCUGGGCGAGGUGGACCGCGCCGAGUUCGAGCAGUACCUGCGCUUCGCCUGCAAGGCCGAGCUGGGGCUGCCCCUGGCCGGCCACGACGCCUCCGAGGGGCUCUCGGCCGGGCCCAUCUCCGCCGCCGUGUCGGACGCCAGCAGCGCCGUCUACUACUGCGGCUACCCCGACGGCUGAGGAGGGACUGCCACGGAGCCGCCCGGCCCCGCUCCUAUUUAUGUAAUUUAUUGGAGGCUUCUCGGGACACUUUCGCAGGCUCCGGCUGGGCGGAAAGGUGCGGUUGCCGUGCAGAUUAAAAGCAUAUGUUUCAAACUGGUCCUCGACUGAUGUGCCAGCAUGUUUACACUUCUUAUUUUUUACGUCCGUGCCCGAAAUUAUGCUCAUUCUUGCAACAUCAGCACCGUUACUUGUCUUCCUAGAGCACAGUUUUACCAGCUGCUUUUAACUAUAAAUUAUUUUUUUUCUUUUUUUUUGUACUUCAAGGAAAUAAAUUAAUGUACAGCCGCUUCUGUCAUUCUUGUCAGUCUUACGGGCCUCUAGGGAGGCUAAACUACCGUUAAAUCACUCAUGCCCUAAGGUGCGGUGAGGAGAAUGCAGGUGCCGUGUGACACGUCCUUUUACCGUAACAAUGACUCUGAAGGAGUAAAACAGUCACCAGGACCCCAGGAGUUUGUUCCCUGGCAUGGCUGCGUUCCUGUCCCAGCUGAUUUCUGUCCCUUGGAGUUAGGACACGUGACUGUACCUAGCUGUGGUCUUUGUAAGCGUGUUUUUUUUUUCCCCUCUUUUGUAAGUGCCAACUAGAAUUUGCAAUUGUCAUUAAUGCAUCGGGAAUAAUCUCAGCCCUGAAAGUGUAAUCUCUGUAACAGAAGGAACUAGGUAAGUUUGAGAUACUGCUUUCAAUGUACUUUGUCAGAUUUGGAGGAUACCUGUAGAUGUGAAGGUGAUUUUGCCUUACAUAGUGUUUUCUAUUUAAACCAAAUUAUUUGCAACGACUCACAAAUGGUAUUUGUACUGUAUUUACAAGUUCUUUUACUUUCUGCCACCUACCCAUUCGGCCAUUAUGCCUCUUGGGGUUCAGGCUUCCACCAGUAAGGAGAAAAAAAACGUUGCCCAAAUGCUCAUCUCAAUUGCUCUCAGUCAACUGCCGGUAUAAAUUACCCAUUAAAACAAGAGCUUUUUUUACUGAUUCACUUGUACUGCCCUGUGACAUUUCCGCCCGUGCAACAACAUGUAGCUACAUCUCCUUGUCAUUGUAACACUGUCUGUUUAUGUAUAACGCAUACAUGACUCUUCCAGCUGGAAGGUGCUGGCCGGGGUCAAUGCACAAUAACUGUUGUAAAGAGUUUCAGAUAUUUUAAUUAUCAAAUGACACUGGAAGAGAUAUCAAUAAUAUUCAUAAUAUAAAUAUUUUUAGAUAAAAGUACUUUAUCUUGCACUAGAUUCUUAGACUACUGAAUUGUGGAUGAAGAAAGUCAGCAAAAAUUUCAAUUGUGUAAUCCAUGUUCAGUUUUGUCAAAGUUAUGGUAAUUGUGGUCUAUGACAAUGGCUAUUUGCUGAACACCUGUUACAUACGCAGCACCAGCUGAAUUAUUUUCAGACAAAUAAUCCAGUAGAAGCAUGCUUGAGCAGAUAGUGUUUUAUAUAUUCUUUCAGAAAGUGUAAUUUUAUUUAAUUCAGAGGAAAAUGUCCACUGACUUCAAUGAAAUUGGGUUUUCACUGACGCAUGUAAACUCUUUUAACUGCAUGUGUGGGGGUUACUGAAAAGUUCACUUGGAAUUGUGGUUGUCUCAGAUUAUUGUGCCAUCAUUUUUUUCCGAUUUUUUACAAUGCAAAAAUUACAUUUUUACAAUGUGAAGGGUGGCGUCAGGUUUCUGAUAUUAGGGAGUUUAGGUACAAGUUGGGAAGUAAGACCCAUCAGUGUUUUACAUUCUUAUUUUAAUUUGUCUGGAAAGAAACAUUAAACAUGUUACAAGUUUAACAGCAGUGAAAACACUUGUAGCUCCUAGAUGACCAGCCCUAGUGAUGACCAUUGUGGUUCUCAUACUCCUUCAUUACAGACGGCUAAACUUAGGAGGUGCUCUUGUUCAUGCCAUUGCAUAAAUGUAUUUUUUCUAAAAGAGCAAAAGACUAGCAAAGACAUGCCUUAGAUGCUUACAUUCAGAGUAGACGUUUAGAUAUACUGAAAUCAUAUGACUUUUGUAGGCAUUGCUUUUGUUUUCUUAUAUUGAUUUGUUGCAGAUGUCCCAAGACUUUUUUUUUCUCUAUAAUACCAUAGUAUUAUAGUAUUAUUAACAGUACCUAACUGAAUUACGUGAUAAAAUUUAAAAAGAAUCCUCCUGUGAAAGAAAAUGAGAGAAGAAAAGCUUAAUUUAGGUAGUCCAAAAAUAAAGUUAAACAAUGUCUAGAAUUAAGGUUACUGCUAAAUAACUUCUAGAGAGUAAUGUUAUGACACAAGCAUUUAUUGGAUACGGAUGUUCAUAUUUUCUAUGGAACCCCAGCGCAGGUAAUCCAUAUCUUACAUAGAAUGGACAUACAAAGAUUGAAACCAAAAAGCUCUGCAGUUCUAGCACUUACAGCACUUUUUCUUUCCCAAGUCAAGUUCCUCUUGCCUUCAGUUGCAGUUACGAGAGCUCAACACUUCUGGAAAUGGUCCCAAACUGACUGCUUGGUGUAAUGAGAUGGUUUGGUGCAAGGUACUGAGUCUCAAAGGAAAUCUAUUACUGCAUAGAACUUUAUAACUGUAGCAAAUACAAAGUGCAGGUCUCCAAAGUAUCAUUAAAUUGCCCUGACAUUGAGGUGACCAUUUUCCUGCCUCCUUUGACCUCUAUUGUUGCUCGUCCCUUUUUCAUUUGCUGUCUGCCUUCUAAUACCAUUUUUUUCCUAGAACUUUGUUCGUCAUCUGCAUGAAAUGAAGCAGCAGCUGAGGAAUGCCUUACAGCAUGUAUCCCAUCCUGUAUUUUGAGCCUGUAUUUUGACCUGACACAAGGUGAGGAUUGAGAAACAAACAUCGACAGUGUUUUUUUUUUGAGAUAAAAGUUCAGGACAACAAAACGAUUCCAGGCUUGUGGAAUAAUUGGUUUGAUUCCCAUGUCUGGAAGGACACUAGUUAUUUUUUCUCUGUCUUUUCUGUAUUUUUCCUUUUGCUGUAGCUUCUUUCUACCAUACUCUGCCAAACUUAUAUUCCUUUUAUGGCUCACAUUAGCAUCCUUCCUUUUCUGUAACAUCCUAUACUUUCCUACCUGGUCUGCAUAACUCUUUCCUCAAAUAACCUUUUCCUGUAUUAUCCUCAAACAACCAAGUUUCUUCCCUUUGUCUGAAUUCUACCCUGAAUUCUAUGCCGUUCCUUUUCACAAUUGCUUUAUUUUUUUUUAAACUCUCAUUCUUUUCUGCUGAUAGUUCCCCACUCUCUUUAUCCACAUCCCUACACCUCAGCGUAAUCCUCCUGAUUCUGUUCCUGCCCCAGCCAUGCCCUCUUUCCUACUUCAUUAAGUCCCUUCAUCUUUUCUCUUCUUUUCUCUCUCCCCCCACUGUGCCUGUGAGGUGGCCCCAUCUUUAUGAGCUUCUUCCCUUCCUUCCUGCUUCAUGUUUCAUGGUCCAAUACUCCUCAUCACACUUUUUUUUUUUAUAGUUUCUAUUUUGGAGUUUCACAAAGGAGAAUGCUAGUCACACCUCUGACACUGAGGUAAUGCCUAUCCCAUGCUAAAAAUUAAAAUUGUACUACAAGAUGUUUCUAGGAUUCAUUUAAUAAUAUAUUUGAAAGAACAUAUUUCAUUUUCAGAAGUAUAUGACCAGUUUUACUGGAAACUUCUGCCCUCCUCUAGAGCCAGCUGUUUGGAAUGGAAAAUUUCUGGUUGUUCAAAUAUGCUGCUAAAACUAUAGAAAACCAACUUGAUGUUCUUGAAAUGAAAAGGCCGAGAUGGCUCUAGUUGUGGGCAUCAGUAUCUAUCAUGUUCGCCAUCAGUAGUGUUUUAUUUUGUUUUAUUUUAUUUUAUUUCCUAGAGCUGUUUUACAGAGGCCACAUUGCUUUGAUUAAGUUCCAUAUUAAUGCAGUGAAACUGAUACUCUUCCCUUUGCAGACAUUCUUAAAACUAUUGAUUUACCUAUUGAAAAUCUUAUCCAUUCUGAAAUUAAUAUGGAUAUUCAGACAAGGACAAGCUAUUAAGUAUUUUAGCAACCAAUACUUUUAUGCCUGUAUGUGGAAGGAGGACUAUAUUAAUCUAAAUUGAUACAGAAAUUUUAAAGUCAGGGUUACAUGCUGCUGUAUGAAGAAGAGAAGCCUAGGUGAGUUAGUGGAACAAAAACUAUUUAACCAUGGCAGCUUGGUCCUAAAUGAUGGCAAAUUUCUACUUCUUGUCACGUAAAUUCUAAAUAAACACGGGGGUUACCCCAGUGAUUUAAAAAUGUAUUUAAAAGGGUACACGACUGUGUAGAGACGGGAUUUUUCAUUGGAUGUCUUAAUGUCUGUGGAAGAACUUCUGACUGAAAACCAGGUAGUAUGUUGUAACAUACCCUCAUUAGUUCUUUUACUUUUUUUUUUUUUUUUUUGAGAUUAAAUAUAAUUCUAAGGUAUCUGCCUUAGACAUAGUUGAAGCAUUAAAAUACCUUACUGUGUAUGUCACUUCCAUUUGAAAGUGCCACAGAUCUUUGAAUAUCAAUGACAGAAGUUUCAAACUUUUGAAAAAAAAAGUCAGCAACAAAAUCCUGAAACAGUGAAAGGUAAUGUUGUACACCAUAUAACACAGAUGAAACUGAGAGAUCAAUCAUGAUCUCAUGAGUCCCUUAGUAAAAUGAAUCUCAAAAUGAAGAGCACCAGGAAAAACACAGAACAUUUUAACGCAUGUGUAGAAAUGCCCUUUGAGAUGUUCAUAAAUUUAAAACAGAUUGUUCUGAAACUUGUAGUCUCCACGAAUUUCACAGUGAAAUCAAUUUUAAUUUUCUGUUUUCAUCUGUUUUCUGACUAGCUCAGAACAGUUGUUGCAGGAAUGUAUUUUACUAAUAGUGACAAUAAGAAGCAAAGUAAAAAUGCUUGAGGUGUUGACGCUCUAUUGUUCGGCGUAUCUCUUUUCAAUAUUAAAUCAUACAUUUAUAUAUCAUACCUGCACUGUGAUACAAAAUAAUUUCAUGUCCCUGACGUUGAGAAAUACUGAAGUAAAGUUUUAGAAACAAAGAUCCUCAUUAAAAUCAAAUUUUACCAUGUAGUUGUUUAAGGUAGGAUUUCAGCAUCUUCUGCAUUUUAAAUAAGCAACAAUUCAGAGAAAAUCAAUUUCCAUCCUUUUCCUUAUCAGAGAGAAAACUUGUUUCACGGAGUAUUCCACCGAGUUAUCAGGGGAAUACGGUCAUUGUUCACAUUGAGGGUGGCAGCUCCAUUUACCCAUACAGAAUAUAUUUAGGUACCAGCAAUCUUGGGUUUCUUCCAAGGUAUUGUGGAGUUGCUCUACAGUGUCUGAUUUACUUUAAGGCUUCUUGUUAUUGCAGUUUAGGAACAGAAUUUAUUCUGCACACAUCCUGUUCAAAACAAAAUUUUGUCUCCUGUUGAACAAAGAUAAAGAAUAUUAGAAUACGUUUUUGCGGCUAAAGGUUGUGUCCACAUUAACUGGAAAGCUAAACUCAUAUUUGUGAAUUCAUGGACGUGGACUGAUUGAUACAAUACAAACUCUGCUUUCAAAUACACAGAAUUAUAUUUAUGGGACGAGUCUCAGGUACAGUUAGGCUACAUAAUCUUGAUUUUGUUUCAUGCUUUAAAUGUUUUAAUGAAGAGUUUCACUUCUGUCAGUUACUGUGGUGAGUCUACAUACAUUGCCUUUAUUACAUGCAUGGACUUUCAAGAUGUCCAUGUAUGGUCAUUUUGCUUGUGUAAAAUCAAUUCUGGAAUCAGUGUUUCUGUGAGCAAAAGAAAGCAGAUUUGGCAUCAGA